CUCUCACGCAGAGAGCCGCGCGCCGCGGCACGGAACACUUCGGGAUAGGUUCUCAUCACGGUGGCGUGCCGCCGGUCGCAGUAUCGUCGUACGGUUUGAGCAAGGAUCAUCCAUCUGUUCAUCCCGACGACGACGACGACGGCGUGAUAUUCGAUUCGCCAUCCUUCUUCCGGCGGUCGAUCCGCAUCGUCAUUCGUUCGGUUCUACGAUCGAGAUCUGACAGGCCGAAAAUCGCCUAAUUUAGCGUAUUAUGUGAACGAUGUGGAACGAUUAAUAGGUCAGCGGUCGUUAACGGACGGCAGCGAAUCGGGCGAGACCGCGUGACCGCGAAGUCCCGAUUGUUUUGGUGCAGUGAGCGAAUCGCGAUCGAGAGAGGCGAUCGAAGAGAACGACGAUUGGUCGCGGAUCGUCGGGAGGAUGGACCCGGGUGCGGCGACCUCCGACAGGGAUAAGGACACGAAGGGCUCCAAUGCUGGCGAUACCGUCGGAGUAUCGUCUUUGAGAAAAGUUGACUCAUAAAACGCGCUUCCGGUUCCCGGUGAUUAAGGAUCGAUAAGCCUGCUGCAGCAGAAUUAUGUGAUAGAAUAGUGUGUCAGUGUGUCGUGUGGUCCCUUUGAAGCUCCGCAACCUGCCCCGGAAGAGACGAGCCUUGUUCCGACGCCGAGGAGGAUCUUGGAGGAUCGCGGCCGAACACUUUCCGAUUACUCUUCCGCGUUAAUUGCGCGACCUCGCGCGUUCAUUAGCGAGAAUUAACGUUAGCGUGCGGUUGAGUUUAUUUUUACUGUAUUGGAUAUAUGAAAUCAGCAUCGCGUACGAUUGUCACGUUAGAGUCUUGUUUUUCAAUGAGUUUUCCAAUGAGAAGGAUUCGUCCCCAAUUACAUUUACUUCCGCGUUAAUUAUACGUUGACCCUUCGUUAGUUCCACCAUUAGGUUUAUUCCCGCGCUGUUUGGUCCUUUAAAUUAUAUCACGCGACACUUGCGGCCGAAUUUGUCGCUGCGUCAAUAGUUGAUGCACUCUAAUUGUUGAUCCUGAUUUGUGAUCCGCGAUUGGCUUCUAUUAUUUAAUUAUUACGGAAAUUGCGCGCAGUCUUGUUUACCAAUUGGCCGUUCAAUUUUUCCAUUUGGAAUUUCGACAGUCGCCAUUCCGAGUCCGAUUCGAGGCCCGUGAGGAUUGAGGAACACGACCGAUGUGUGUGACAGUAUCGAGAGUGUUAAAAACUCGCUGAAAUCAUCCCUUCAAUCUCGAAGUAUCAUCAAAAUACUUCUUCAUCAAAGUGCAUUUCGCGAGGACAGUCUGGACAAUCUGAAGCAGUCGGUGGGACCGGACGUGCAUUAUACUUACUGUUCCUCGCAAAACAACGAAAGUGAAAGAAAUCAUGUUGCAAGCUCGGUACUUGAUUCAACGUGCGAUAGAAAGAACCACCGUGUGAGUGACUAAGCUCGUCAGUCCGAGCGAGGACGUUACGAAGAUUAACGUCGCGAGGAAGAACGCGAACCCAAGUACCGGAAGUACCGGAUGAACAACGUGUCGAGCAGCAUUCCCUGCAGCAUAUACGUUCAUAGACGGAAACAAUGAAGUGGCUCUGGAUAACUGUCUUGAUAACACUGGCCCUGCCAGCUGCCGUACCACGGAAAAUUCACAGAAACAAACCCACGCCACGUUUGUACGGCGACCGGGUGCCCGUCAGGUUAAUAAGGACCACCAGCAGCAAGGUGCAAGAGAAGAUCGUGGACACCCACAAUUACUUCCGCACUCAGGUCGAGCCGCCCGCCGCCAACAUGCUCGUCAUGAAAUGGCAUCCGGGCUUAGCAAAGGCAGCGCAGAGGUGGGCCGAUCGCUGCCUCGGCUUGGUGCACGACAAUGCGACCGGCCUGUACCUGGACGGUUUUGGCCAGAGCGGACAAAACAUUUUCAUCAGCACGGGUCGUACACUCUGGAACUUCCCCAUCAGAAUGUGGUACAUGGAAUACAAGGACUUCAAGUACGGGGCCAAUACGACGAAUGAGGUCCUCGAGAUCGGCCAUUACACGCAGGUGGUUUGGGCGACGACGCAUCUAAUCGGGUGCGGAGUGAGUCAUUGCACCGGUGGCAAGGGUCCGCUCGGCAAGGACUUCUAUAUGUACGUCUGCAACUACGCCCCGAGCGGAAACUACCGGGGCCGGCUAGGCCUGCCGUACGUGGCCGGCAAGCCGUGCAGCAUGUGCAAGGACCACUGCACGCGGAACAAGCUCUGCACGAACGCCUGCUAUCAUACCGACCUGUGGUCCAACUGCGCCGAGCUGGUCAGGACGUUCGACACGUGGGUCUGCGAGACGGACACCCCGGAGGGUCGCGAACGCCGGAAGUUCUGCGGCGCCACAUGCAACUGCAAGGACAAGAUCUACUAUCAUCACGACGGGUAGGAGAGUCACCCUCCGUCCGGAGGCGCUGCCGUUCGGGUCCACCGCGUUGCAUGAAUAAUUCGAUCGUCACCUCUCCUUUUUCACCUCCUCUCUUCUCUUUCAACCCUCACAGAUAGAUCUAAGCCCGGAAGACCCGGCAAGUCGGUCUUGGGCGCGAGAACGUCGCCGAGAACGGUCGCGAGAUCGUUUGACGGCUGGAGAAUCGUGUUGUUUUAUUGAUGAGCUCGUUUGUUUAGUGAUGAACGUCGGAUGUAGCGAUGGAGCAGGUUUGCUCGACGUUUGCUUCCAGCUAAGGACCCAGUUGUAAGGGAGAAAGAGGGGGAGAGAGACGAUGGGUAACGAAGAGGGUUGGUAACGGCUGGAUGGAAUAAUCUGGGAAUAUGUGAAAUGAUCGCGCGCACGUGCAUGUAUACUUGUAUGUGUGCGUGCGUAUCUGGAACGUGCGACUGGAUCUCUAGAUUUUGCAGGAAUUGCAGGGACCGCUUUUGUGACCCGCGAUAGAUUCCACGACGUGCGUGACGGUCCUGACGAGAUUGAGUCGUGUAUAAUUUUUUGGAGAUUGCCGAUCUCGGAGAGUAAUUCUCUUCUUGCGUGUGCGAAAUCUGAAACUGCGAAUUUCAGAGUCUUUGAUUUACUCGCGGAAGAAUCACGGCAAGUCGCACGAGAGAUCCUGCGAGAGAUUAUGCGAUGUAAACGCGAACGUGCAUAAAGCAUCAACCGCGCGUAAUUUUCCUCGACGCAUAAAUUAUAUUAUUCAGUUCGCAAUUUGGUUCGUUUCAUUUGUUUACAUGUACUCGUUUUAGCUCGGCGCAACUCGGUCUAUUGUGAGAGUGGAGCAAAGCGAGGCGUCUUACGUCAAAAGGAAGCUUAAAUAGCUUUAUGGACGGAUUAAAUUUUCAUCGGCGAACUUCGCGUAUCAUCUUGGUGGUAAAAUGUAACAAUGAUUCGGCUCUCUUCCUCCCUCUCUCUCUCUCUCUCUCUAUUUCUAUCUUUUUCUUUUUAUCUGCACAACUGAGGCAACGAUUGUUUAAGGACGGAAAUAAUCCCGCGAUCGAUGUGCACAUACACAAAGUAAGUACCGGGCGGUUGCAGCUCGCUGCAGGAUGAAGUUUCAGGACUGGGUUUGCAAAGUUUUUAACAUGCUCUUGUCCCGUCAGCGAACUCCUUUAACUUACUUGCUCCUUAUAAGCGAAGAAUUUUUAGUUAAGCUACAUAUAAGGUGAUUUCGCAUUUUUAACUUCCAUGGGGAACGAUAAAAUGUAUCUUUCAGCAGCUUAUACAGUUAUCAAUAAUUUUAUUUUUCCUGCAUUGAAUACUUACCGUUACGAACACGUUUACGCAUCUAACAAAUGCAUGUCGUGCUAGUUAAAUAAUUGAAGAUCCAUCUGGAGCAGAUGACGUGACUAAAUUAUUAGGUCAUUAAUUAAGUAAUCUGGGUCGCGUUUAAAUGACGAUAUAACUUCAAUGUAGCGAUGUUUUAGAGAAUUUUGUUGUUUUUUUUAAGCUUGCCUAGUCUGCUAUGAAGUUAAUAUACGACGAGCUAUUGUGCUGUCAUGAGUAUGUGUUUAAUUUGAUUCAUUGCUGUCUAGAUGUGACCCGGAUUACUUGGUUAAUGAUCUAUAUAAUAAUUGCUUGUUUUAUCUCGUAAAUCCGAUUGUGGAAUUCCGUUGCCACGCGUUUUCCGCCCUUCUUCGUCCUUCUCCGAAAAAAGAAAACCGAAAAAUCGAAACGAUGAUUCUCAAAUAUCACAAAGAUUGUAAAUAAAUCCGUUGGAUUACAUAUCGGAACCGAGACAAUUACUAGACGACAGGCGUACUUUAACUAACUUUAGCGCUAACCGUUAAGGCAAACGAUGUAAAAAUUAAACGUAAGCUUCAAGGAGGUGGUAAGAGCGCGAUGUUGGUGUUUCUUGUCGUGAUAUAACGAUGGAACUUCCUUUCGUUAGUAAUCAUCUCAGCAACAGCUAUUUUUAUCCUAGAUUAAACGAUAGUGUGUAAUGUCAUGCGCGCGCGCGGCGAAGCAUCCGGUUGAAGUCAGGAUCGCAAAAGUUAACUCUUUACCGCUUGAUUUCUCGCGCAAUCGAAAAUAUGCUUUGGACGAAAAACAGGGUACGCGCUUACACGUCUAGGAACGUAAUUCCUUCUCCGCGAACAACACAUAUCGUACAAGAAAAAUGCAUCUUCAUUGGCAUGAGAAAUUAUGGGGCGUUGUUAUAUGGAGCCCUCAUUUAUAAUCCGACACGUUCGCUAAAUAGAGAUUUUUAACAAAGUUGCGAGUAAAUAAAGAUUUAUAGCAAGCGAAGAAUGGAAGCAGAGUGCACCACACAUGGUUGAAUGGAAAAUCGUUGUUAUUUUUUUAUAGACUAAUAGAACAUUCGGUGUUGCGGCAUACAUAACGCACAAUGCGGUAAAGAGUUAAAAUAAAGCCGUAAGAGCUAAUCGAUAAUACCACGAGCCGGAUAACAAUAUCUGUGACAGACAAGCAGAUGGCAAGCGUGAUAAUGUUAAGCACGUAAUUGUCGGUAUAAUUAAGGAGUUCGUUAAAAAGAGAUAUAAUAUAGUGACUGUGUGUAACGCUCCAUAAAAUAAAAUGUUUAAACUGUAAUACCUUUUGUCCACACACACUUACAGAAUAAAUAUGCUGUAAAUACUAUAC